UGGACACCCUCUUUACUCUGCAAGGGUGAAUCAGGCUGGACAAAGCUGCUCCCCCGGGGCCCAGUACUUUGCUGGGAAUUGCUACUAUCCGCCUAAAGCCCUGACAACAGCGACGUGGGAGGAAGCCGAGACUAAAUGCAAUCAGCUCUCUGAUGAAAAUGACAAACAAACACGGGGUCAUCUGGCCAGCCUGCACUCUAUCGAGGAAGCCCAGUUUUUAUCUGAGCUGAUUUCUAACGUCAGCCAGAUAAUAUGGCUAGGUCUAAAGUUGAAUUGUGAGUGA